AUGUUACCAACAAAGAGCCCACGGAGCUUGCCUCUCCCAGACUCGCCACUGAGGUCUUACGAAACGUCGCCGGUAUUGUCGCCUCAAUACUCUCCGAGGCGUGAUGCUCCGGGCGGCAUCGCUCAUUCAGGAAUCGAGGGCAAAGGCCGCGCCGUUGCUGAUGCUGAAGCGAUUACAUCGCGGCUCGAGAUUCUCCACAUUAAGGCCACGGAGUACAGCGAGGCCAUUACUAGGCCGGAAUCGAAUCGACAGUUGGCUCGUGAGUUGGAUGCGCUUUUCUCGAAAGAAAACAGGUUCAAUCCUAAGGAAGCCGCGCAACUGGAAGCGGAAUACCAGCAGAAGAUUAAAGUGGUCUACGAUAGGAGAGUAGCCGAAGAGCAGCGGCAGCUCGAGCUGGAGAGACAGGAACAGGAGAGGAUCAGAGCGCUGGAGGCUGCCAAGAAGGCGGCCGAAGAGCAGAGACAGCGCGAGGCGGCCGAGAGAUUGCGAAGGGAACAAGAAGAGCUGGAGAGGAAACGGCAAGAGGCCGAGGCGGCGCAGGCGCGAGCGGAACAGGAGAGGAAGCAGGCUGAGGCGAGGAAGGCGGCUGAAGACAACGAGAGGAGGCAACGAGAAGCACUGCAAAAUGCGCAGAAACAACAGGCCGAUGCUGCCGCUGCCGCCAAUGCCGCCAAUGCCAAUGCUGCCAAUGCUGCCAAUGCGAAUGCUGCCAGUGCGAAUGCUGCCAGUGCGAAUGCCGCCAAUGCUGCCAACUCGCCGAGUGCCCCACUUCAGGGCGCCGCAUCCGACGUCUAUGGGAGGAGGUCCUUCGAGGCCGAAACGGCAAAGGUCAAGCGGGUCAUCACCAACCUGAAGGGGUUGAAACAGCUUGAUGAGACUUUCCUCAAAGAAAGUGGCCUGAAGCUGAUCCGUCGUGAGUUGAUUCCCAAGUUUGGACAGCUCAAUGGCCUGAAGGAGCAGACUGUUACAGUUCGCGAUGCUAUCAAGAAAUGCCUCGACAAGGUCCUGCAGAUGAACUGUCCUUCGGUUCCAGCUGCCAACUACCUCUUGCAACCUGCUCCACAGGAUAUCAUGGUCCCGAUUACGUUUGUCUGGAUAGUGAACCAGUUGGCGAAGAUGGCCAAGCACCAGCUGCUACAGGAGUGCUCCUCCAAAACGGAUGCUGCGGAUCCGAUCGGUGUCGUCAUCGCCAGUGUCUUUGCUGAUCCCAAGUACUGUCCAGGUGGCAGGUCGUUCGUCGAUAUUUUUGUCGCUCGACUCCUGAAGACGAACCCAAUUCUCCGGGGCGAGAUGGGCCCUGAUGCCACCGACGCUGAUAGGGAACGUCUCGGAUGGAAGAAAGAUGCAAACGGAUUAACCGAGUCUGAGGCGGAGUACAGUGGCCGGAUGCAGGCGUUGACAGCCGGCUUCGUUGCCAUUGCUGCUCGCGACUUUGGGAGAUCGAAUAUGCGAAACCCGUAUCCGACCUUCAACCUCUGGCACGUGCUGGCAACGCUCGUCAACAGCCCACCCAGCAAGCUCACCAACACGCACUACUUCGUCGUCAACACCAUAAUCUUCAGCGGCGCAAAGAAGCUCUGCAGUAUCUAUGGCCGCCAGGCGAAGAAGUUGAUUGAGGUCGCGGUGGGACCCUGGGCAACCCAUGGAAUGAACAAGCAGUUUCAGGGCGCCCAGGGCGUCCAGGCUACUGGAUUGUACUUCAAGAAUCAGCCGUGGUGGAAUCAGUAG